CCUGGAACUAACUAAACUCCUUGCACUGUUUGUCGAAUGCUUCACCGUGUCGAGAAAGUACAGCCCUCUUCAGUUGAGUUCUUUCAAGCAGAUCAUGCAGUACUGCAUGGUGGCAGUUAUUCAUCUCCGCGCGCACACGCCACAGACAUAGAUCUACGGGGGAACAUGACAUGGAUUGCUGCAUAGUGCAUGGCACUAAUUCUUCAUUCUUUGUGCGCGAAUGGGCCACAGCAUGAGUGCUUUCGAUUGCUCUCUGUUACUUGAUGGCGUUGUCCAAGGCAGCCAAUGACCUCUCAAUCUCUCCGCUUCAUCUGUGGAAUCGGCGCUUGUACAGUACUAGUACUUGCCAGGCCGGGUAUUUCUCCAUGCCGUGUGCUGCAUGUGUCGCCAAAUAAAUCAAAACCUUGCCGCAGGUGUCGACCACGUUCAGCAGAAUAGAAAGGCCUGGCCCACUGCACCAUGCACGUGAGACCAGCACUCGAACUUGAAGGUUGCCAGGCCGGAGCAAGCUAGAACAAGUACUAGCUGACUAGCUGAUCUGUGCGAUUUCAGGCUUCUCCUUUCCGAGUAUAGUCAUCAGUACCUCGGCAUAAAUUCCGUCCUUCGAAGCAUCACUAAAAACCAAAGCACCCUCUGUCCCUCAACCUCCAGGCUUUAUUUCAUUUCUCAGCUUCUGCAGGCGAAUAUUUGCCAGGGUGUAGUGGAAUUUGAGUUGAGAAUCUUGUGAUCAAGGAGUACUAGAAACAUGUUCAAGCGGCUGAAGAAGGCGUUUGGCCGUGGCGACUCGGAGGACGAAGAUGGCUCGCCAGAGCAGAGGAGGCGGCAUACGCGCAAGUUCUCCUACGACGCCAAGCCAGACUUGCUCAAGGAGUCGGCUCACCCGUCAGUCCUCUACAUAUUCAUGCAGGAGGACUAUCCAGAGGACACAGAGGAAUGGACACCGGAGAACCUGCUGAACUUCUUGCAGAACACACAACAGUUGGCAGACAUGACUUUGGAGAAGUGUAAGGAGAUGAUUGAGCAGUUUGAGAAGCAGAUCGGUGGCAAGGGAGACGGUCUGAGUCUGGAAGGUCUGAGAUUGCUGAUUGAGUCCGACCUAGUUUCAUUCAGCAAUCCACAAUACCUUCGUCCUCACCAAGACAUGACUCAUCCGCUAUCACACUACUUCAUCGCUUCCUCGCACAACACGUAUCUGUCAGGUAAUCAGCUACAGGGAGAGUCCAGUGCGGAGGCGUACAGUAAAGUGCUGGAGAUGGGGUGCCGACUUGUUGAGUUGGAUUGUUGGGAUGGUGACGAGGAACCUGACAUCUUUCACGGUCACACGUUGACCAGUAAGGUACCAUUCCGUGCUGUCAUCACUGCCAUCAAGGACAGCGCUUUCAAGACAUCGCCAUAUCCCGUGAUCCUAUCUCUGGAGAACCACUGCUCCGUGCCACAGCAGAACAAGAUGGAUGAGAUCAUGGCUGAAAUAUUUGGAGAUCAGCUGGUGCGAUCGCUGGUUGACGACUCCAAGGAUCGGCUGCCCUCGCCCGAAGACCUACGACACAAGUUCAUCCUUAAGGGUAAGAAAUGUGCUGCGGCGGUGGAAGAAGGCGAAUCCCAAGACGGCGUGGAUGUUUCGGAUGACGAAAGCGAGGAAGAAGAUGAGGAGGAGCUAGAGGAGGCAGUUGCUUCAGCUGCCGCCGCUACUGCCGAUGGUGACACACCCAAAUCUGCUACUCCAGAGCCGGCGGCGGGGAAAACCGAAACAGACGGCACCAGCAAGAAGAGUGCCACGCCGUCGGAGGAUGGCUCGCGGAAAUCACCCAGCAAGACCCCGGACAAGAAAGUGACGGAGGGUAAGAAGAAGCACAAACUGUCGGUGCGAUUAUCGCGCUCCACCGCGUUGCAGUCGGUGCACUUCGUGGGAUUCGAUCAUCAAGAGACGAACCAGAAGUUCUGGCAGAUGUCAUCAUUCCCGGAGAAACGCAUCAAAAACCUUGCUGAAGUGGACGAUGGCCUGCUGUUUGUGAAGCAGAAUGAGCGCUGCUUGGCCAAGGUCUACCCGUACGGACUGCGCUUCUAUUCCAGCAACAUGGAGCCCGUCGUGCCGUGGCUGUGUGGCGCCCAUAUUGCGGCUAUGAACUAUCAGACCGACGGCGACCCGAUGACAGCACACCAGGCAUUCUUUGCGUACAAUGGCCACUGCGGGUACAAUCUCAAACCCGAGUGUAUGCUGGAUGCUAAGUCUGGAUAUGACUUCAGAAAUCCAGCGCCCGUGCCAAACUCUAAAUAUUACAGGAUGAAGAUCGAGUUCAUUGCUGGCUACCACCUUCCUCAACCAGCUCUCUCAGCAGAUGUAAUUGAUCCGUUUGUUCAGGUAGAAGUACUGGGUGCGCCGUGCGACGAAGGCAUGAAGAAGAUCAAGUAUGUCGACAACACCAUCAAUCCGGUUUGGUGCGAGACCCUGGAUUUCACGGUCAGGUUCCCUGAUGUCUGUAUCUUUGAGUUCAAGGUGUAUGACAAAGACACGGUCGGAAAGGACUUCCUUGGCCAGUACUUCAUCCACUUCCGCUGUAUCAAGGAUGGCUAUCACCUAGUAUCGCUGGAAGACCGAUCGCGCACACCGGUCAAGGAUGCACGGCUAUUUCUUCACGUGGAGAUAACCGAGAAAGAAGCAGACAAGAAGUCUCGAUGAUGCACCGGAACGCGGUGGAGUCCCACCGGCAUAACACACAUGCAACAACAUAGAAUUCACUCAUUGUCAUUCAAAGCUGCCAUGCAGCGGCACCCCGUCAUACAACUGAAAACUAUUCCGGCAUGCUAGUAAGAGUUUUAAACAACAUCCGUGGGAAGAAUUUAGGUGCGGCAGGGCACGCACAGAAUUUCAGCCUUCUGCAUUUUAGGCAAGAAUACUUGUACGCACAUGCAUUCCCGCACUCAUCCGUCGUUAAGAAUUUCAUCAUUGUUUGUCUCAUAUCGCCAUGGCAUACAUCAUUAGUUUGGAAAAAUUCCAUGUGUCUAGUGGAACAUAGUGCAAGAUUAUCAGCAGGUACCAGCAGCUCAGGCGUGAUAUUGUAAUUUUAAUAUUUUUGCUUCUUUGAUGUGUAUUGCAAUGAUAUUACUUUAGAGUGCUUGUAUUGCUAGCGGCGAGCAAUGUUAUAUAAAGUACUGGAUUAACAUUUUGGUGCAUUUCCGCCCUUUUACAUGCAUUCCCUUUUUCUCUUCAUUUUUUUGCUGCCAGUUCUAUCUAGCUUUAUUCUCAGUCCUCAGUGGCAUUCCUAAACGGCCGUGGCCCUUUGCAUUGCUGGCGCGAUGCAGCUCAAGGCGUUUGAACGGCUGCGUCACCAUCUCUCUCUCUUUCUCUCUCUCUCUCUCUCUCUCUCUCUCUCUCUCUCUCUCACACACACACACACACACACACACACACACACACACACACACACACACACACACACACACACACACACACACACACACACACACCAAUAGUCCCAUUUCAGAGCAGAUGAAAUCAUGGGUGUGAGUAAUUCAGUUACAUUUUAGCCUACACAAUGCAUUUACUUCCUCCUUUUUUAAAUUCCUUUUUACUUUAGCCCCGUAAACUACCAUCUUUUUUUUUAAACCCUCUCCACUAGACUCCUAGCGUCACUAUGGUAACCGGGAGUAGUAAAAUGGCUACUAGCUGAUGCUAACUAAUUUCAACUUCUUAUAGCUUUCCACAGCCCUACCUAUACCUGGGUCCGUUUGUUAUUUUAGCGGCAGUUUUCUUACUCAGUAGUUUAGGUACAAUGUAUUCUUACUAGCAGGGAGUCGUAAAAUACCGGUAUUUUCCGACUCCCUGCUUCCUAUCAACAAUGCUUGUGCUAGUAGUAUUGUUUUUGACAUUCUCUAGUCUAGACCACAGUACGUUUUAUAGUCCAUAACCCUUCCGGACUGCUGUAGCAAUGGUGAUGACACUGUCAUGUUCUCUACCAGAUCCGUCCCUGGUUGAAGUGUGUGUGCGUUGCGUGCAUGUGUGUGUGCGUUGCGUGCAUGUGUGUGUGUGUGUGUGUGUGUGUGUGUGUGUGUGUGUGUGUGUGUGUGUGUGUGUGUGCAUGUGCAUCUGUGGUUGUGACACACUGCUGGGAUCGGUUGGCAGAGCAUUGUUGAGUACACGAUGGUUCGUAGCACAGAAAACCCUACAUCAUCAUCAAAGCCAGUGGUCUCUUUGCUGCAAUUCAAUAAUACCAAUCAUGGCCAUGCUUCACCAACAAGAAGGCCAAGGCACUAAGCUUUCUCACCUGUCGUGGGCAUGGACAUCCGGUCGGAGUUCAAGCGCCCCAGGGCGCUGGGCCAUGCAGCCGUGAGUGCGCAUACGAUCAAGACAUGCACUGCAGGCAACGUUCAGUACGCACUGAGGGUGCCGGCCUCCCAAGUCAUUCAAGCGCAUUUCCAUGCCCACAGCAGUAUAACAAAGUUACCGUAGCAACAUGGAUCUAUGAGUAACACAACCAGGACUAUAGACAAAUCCAGACAGUUCACAGUGAGAGCAAGACGCUGCACACACAUGGUGCCAGCACAACGAAGCUAAAAUAAUUUAAAAUCAAGUGUCUAAAAUACAAAAGGCACUUUCUACAAUGUGCAGGAUCUAGCAGUAGUAGAAUAACAUCUUCCGAAUAUGUCACAUGGCACAGACACCAAUUUUGGCCAGCACAGUGCUAGGGGUAAAAUGUAGUGGCUGAAGUUGAAUAAUAGAAGUGUAAAA